CCAAAGGGGCGCGCGUCGGCAGCUACAUUGUGUGUGCGCGCGUGUGAGAGGCAGCACGUUGUUGGCUUUCUGCACGCUGGGAACUUUGCGCCCGAAAUUUCUUCUUGUGUUUUUUUCGGGGAGAAAACCCGAAAGAUUUCACGGCCGCGCGUUAUUUUCUGUCGGAACGUCUGUUAGUCAAACAUGUCGGCUUCGGCGGCGAAAGUGAGUAAAAAGGAGCUGAACUCGAACCAUGACGGAGCGGACGAAACCUCCGAAAAAGAGCAGCAAGAAGCUAUUGAACACAUCGACGAAGUUCAAAAUGAAAUUGACAGGUUGAAUGAGCAAGCCAGUGAGGAGAUCCUCAAAGUAGAACAGAAAUACAACAAACUCCGUCAGCCAUUCUUUCAGAAGCGGUCAGAACUGAUCGCCAAAAUUCCAAACUUCUGGGUCACCACGUUUGUCAACCAUCCACAAGUAUCUGCUCUACUGGGAGAAGAAGAUGAGGAAGCGCUUCACUACUUGAGCCGAGUGGAGGUGACCGAGUUUGAAGACAUCAAGUCGGGCUACAGAAUAGAUUUUUAUUUCGAUGAAAAUCCGUACUUUGAAAACAAACUACUUUCCAAAGAGUUCCAUUUGAACGAGAGCGGAGACCCGUCUUCAAAGUCGACAGAAAUCAAAUGGAAAUCGGGAAAGGACCUGACCAAGCGCUCCAGCCAGACACAGAACAAAGCGGGGAGGAAGAGGCAACACGAAGAGCCAGAGAGCUUCUUCACUUGGUUCACCGAUCACGCCGACGCCGGCGCUGACGAGCUCGGGGAGGUGAUCAAGGACGACAUCUGGCCCAACCCCCUGCAGUACUACCUGGUUCCUGAUAUGGACGACGAGGAGGGUGAAGGAGAGGACGAUGAUGAGGACGAAGAGGGGCUUGAGGACAUAGACGAGGAGGGAGAUGAAGACGGAGAGGAGGACGAAGAGGACGACGGGGAAGAUGGAGAGGAUGACGAGGGCGAAGACGACUAAGAAAUAAUAUCUGCUCAGACCCUAAACCUUCUAUUCCCCGUUUGGUUUUUCCAUUCAUGUUCGGGAGCAAAUGUUUUACUUUUUGUUUGUUUUUUACUUUUUUUAUAUAAAUCUGUGUGCUUCAUUUUCCAUUCUGAAGCCUCUUCACCUUGUUGGUGCCAUGUUAUGUUCUUUAGACUCAUCCGAGGCCAACAACACUUUGCCCUGAAUUCUGAGUACCAUCCCCAAAAGUAUACAAAAAUAGAAUCCGCACUAUUCACACAGAACUCCUGUUAACAGGUUUUGGUAAAAUGACUUGAAGCCAUGCUGUAGUGACCCAGCGCUAGUUAACCUCAAUUUCUUUGUCCGCUGUUUAAUUUUCUCAUUUGGGACAUUUAUCCCUUAAAAGUGAGUUUUUUUCCCCCUUUUGUGGUCAGCAAGUACCAGCUCAUUCCUCUUGGACUUGUAAUGUUUAGGGGGGGGGGGGGGUUUAGGAGUAUGUUGGUUAUUUGGGGAGAGUGGUUAUUUUGACACCAUUUCUAUGGGACUUUUUUUUUUUUUCAUUGUAUUGUUUUACAGAUAUCCAUGAGAUUUGAAAUGACAUUUUUAAUAAAGAACAAAAUGGAAAAAAAACAAGCUUGUAAAUUUUGGCCCCUACUGCUUCAUAGGUUAAAUAAAACACCUGUUGUCUCAGAAGUUGCAUUUAAUCACCUUCAUUUUCGCUGGCCUUGUGGAGUUUUCAAUUUGAGGUGUAAAACCUUGGUACAAUAAAACCUAAAAUAAGCGG